AUGUGGACACUGGAGGCCACGAGGGCCGAGUCCUUUGUGCACGCUGGAAGCACCGGCUUCCCGCCAACCUUCCUCUCACUGCCGAACCAGGUGCGCUUCCUGGAGCAGCAGAACAAGCUGCUGGAGACCAAGUGGCAGUUCUACCAGAACCGCCAGUGCUGCGAGAGCAACCUGGAGCCGCUGUUCAACGGCUACAUCGAGACGCUGAGGCGGGAGGCCGAGAGCGUGGAGGCCGACAGCGGGCGGCUGGCCGCCGAGCUCAACCACGUGCAGGAGGUGCUGGAGGGCUACAAGAAGAAGUACGAAGAGGAGGUGGCACUCAGGGCCACCGCUGAGAAUGAAUUUGUGACUCUGAAAAAGGAUGUGGACUGCGCCUACCUGCGCAAGUCAGACCUGGAGGCCAACGCGGAGGCCCUGACCCAGGAGAUCGACUUCCUGCGGCGGCUGUAUGAGGAGGAGAUCCGCGUGCUCCACGCCCACAUCUCAGACACCUCGGUGGUCGUCAAGAUGGACAACAGCCGCGACCUGAACAUGGACUGCGUCAUCGCCGAGAUCAAGGCCCAGUACGACGACAUCGCCAGCCGCAGCCGGGCCGAGGCCGAGAGCUGGUACCGCAGCAAGGCCCUGCAGAAGGCCAAGCAGGACAUGGCCUGCCUGCUCAAGGAGUACCAGGAGGUGAUGAACUCCAAGCUGGGCCUGGACAUCGAGAUCGCCACCUACAGGCGCCUGCUGGAGGGCGAGGAGCACAGGUUGUGUGAGGGAGUUGGUUCCGUCAACGUCUGUGUCAGCAGCUCCCUCGGCGGGGUCGUCUGCGGGGACCUCUGCGUGUCCGGCUCCCGGCCGGUGACCGGCCCCGCGUGCAGCGCCCCCUGCAGCGGGAACCUGGCGGUCAGCACCGGCCUGUGCGCGCCCUGCGGCCAGAGCUGCGGCGGCAGCGUCCGCUCCGUGCGAUUUGCCUAGUGCCUCGGAUCUGCAAACGCGCCCUUCCGCCGACCGUCCCUGCCAGGCGGCGGGUGCCAGCUCAGGACACGGCUGACCCCGACGGGGCGGGGCUUCAGGAUCCUCAGCCUGACCGCCCACACCGCGGCCCUCUCGCUCGCAUCCAGCUCCUCGCUAGUCUCUUCCCUUCUCGCGGCGAGGGCCAGGCUGCUGGACCACACGCCUGGUACCUCUGCCCAUGCCCAGGCGUCUAAAUGGCCUCCUCACAGCCCCUGGCAAAGGUCCUGCCCUGCGGACUCAGGCUGCCAAGGCACAGAUGGGCCAGCGUGCAGGGGGACCGCUGCCUCUCUGCCUCUGACUCCUGGCAACCGCGGCUUCCCCGCCCCCUCCAGGGGCCCCUGGGGCGCUGCCUAGCUACCUCUUUCUCGCGCUCAUGCUGGGUUCCAUGUUGCCAAUAAAGCUCAC